AUGACAAACUAUCAGUGGAACGGGAUCCUACAGGGAGAAGAGGCCUGUCGGGGGCCCCGGACCCUCACACACCAGCCGGACCCUCACACACCAGCCGGACCCUCACAGCCGGACCCUCAGCCGGACCCUCAGCCGGACCCUCAGCCGGACCCUCACACAUCAUCCGGACCCUCACACAUCAUCCGGACCCUCACACACCAGCCGGACCCUCACAGCCGGACCCUCACAGCCGGACCCUCACAGCCGGACCCUCACAGUCGGACCCUCACAGCCGGACCCUCACAUCCGGACCCUCACAUCCGGACCCUCACAGCCGGACCCUCACAGCCGGACCCUCACAGCCGGACCCUCACAGCCGGACCCUCACAGCCGGACCCUCACAGUCGGACCCUCACAGCCGGACCCUCAUAUCCGGACCCUCACAGCCGGACCCUCACAGCCGGACCCUCACAGCCGGACCCUCACAGUCGGACCCUCACAGCCGGACCCUCACAUCCGGACCCUCACGUCCGGACCCUCACAGCCGGACCCUCACAGUCGGACCCUCACAGCCGGACCCUCACAUCCGGACCCUCACAGCCGGACCCUCACAGUCGGACCCUCACAGCCGGACCCUCACAUCCGGACCCUCACAGCCGGACCCUCACAGCCGGACCCUCACAUCCGGACCCUCACAGCCGGACCCUCACAGUCGGACCCUCACAGUCGGACCCUCACAGCCGGACCCUCACAUCCGGACCCUCACAGCCGGACCCUCACAGCCGGACCCUCACAGACGGACCCUCACAGCCGGACCCUCACAGCCGGACCCUCACAGUCGGACCCUCACAGCCGGACCCUCACAGUUGGACCCUCACAGCCGGUUUUUCCUCUCCCACAUUCUCCUCCCACACUCUGCUUUAUCACUUCAUUAACCACACUGCCCCGAGGACCACUUCCACCAUGGACCUCAGACCCUCCGGACCCACCAGCACCUCCAGACCCUCCAGCACCUCCAGACCCAGGCCGAAGGGGGAGAGAAGUCCCAAGAACAGCGUGAGGGCCCCACAGAAGGCUCCAGCGGUGAGGCCAGAGGGGAGCAGAGCUGGGAGCAGAGCUGUGGAGGAGCCAGAGGAGGUGAAGAGGACGACCGUGGUGGACAUAGACAGAGUGAGGGAGGAGGAGGAGGCCCUGGGACUGCUGGAGGUGACGGCACCAGACGAUGGUGUGAAGCGCAGGAGUCUGGGUCUGCUGGAGUGGCUCCUCAUGGUGCUGGUCCUGUCUCUGGUGCUGCUCUUUCUGCCUUUGUCCGUUUGGUUCUGUGUCCGAGUGGUGAGGGAGCACGAGCGAGCUGUGGUCUUCAGACUGGGACACCUGCUGAGGGCCAGACCCAGAGGACCAGGCCUGUUGUUGUUUCUGCCGGUCCUGGACGUGUGUGUCAUUGUGGACGUGAGGCUGAAGACACUGCUGGUUCCUCUGCACACGGUUGUGAGCAAAGACCUGUCCCAGUGGGAGCUCAGUGCUCUCUGUCAUUACCGACUGGAGAACGUGGCUCUGUGCAGUGGCGCCCUCUGCAGCCUGGAGCCGGCGGUGCAGGCGGUUCUAAGGGCCGCGAUCAGGGACAUUCUGAGCCGUCACACGGUGGAGGAGGCCGUGGGGGCGCGCGGGAGGCUGGGGGAGGGCAUCCGGAGCUCUGCUGACGCUGUGCUGAGCCGCUGGGGCAUCAGGCUGGAGAGAGCAGACAUAGAGGAGAUGGUUUUACCCACAGAGCUACAGAGACGUCUGCAGACUGAACCUGAGGCCAAACACCAGGAGCAGGUGGACGUAGAUCCAUGGGACGGGUUGCGCUCCUCCCUGCGCCUCCUGCGUCCGGCUCUGGUCCUCCCUCUGCCUCCUGACCUCCUCAAUGUGACCUCUGACCCCGCUCCUCUGCCUCCGCCUCCGCCUCCUCCCACAGAGACCCCGCCUCCUCCCCCCAUCGCCGCGGAGACAGAGAGGAAGCGCGGGACACGGGAUUCUCCGAUGAUGUGA